UGAGCAGAGCUCGCAGUCGAUUGGCUGCGAUCGUGGGCGGUUGUUCAUUUGUUUGAAAAUCGACCGGUAUUUCGAGCUUCGCUCGUCCGCAAUGUUUUGAUUUUUUUUCCAAGAUAUCCCGGUGAUUUUUUGAUUAAUUGUUUGUUGGCGUGCACAUCGGAAACCUUUCGACUUGUCUGGCCAGUCGGUUUCAAUUAGCCUAAAACGCAUUUAGGUCGUACGGGGGAAUUUUUUUGAAAUUGUGUCAUGUGAUUUGUUUUUUCUUUUCCGUUUUUUGGUGGAUUAGCUGAGGAUUAAUCUUUGUUGACACCAUGCUAAAGAUACAAAUGUUGGAGCAGUUGGUGACCAACGAGAAUACUGGCCCCCUAUCCAACGACAACUAACCACGGGCUGUAUUCCCAAAGAAAGCCUUUCCCCACACCAAGACUCCAAAGAUGAUUUGCGGCUCGUCCACAACAACAAUAUCAAGUUCUCGCCAGCGGGUUCUCCCCAUCUUUUGGGGGGCACUACGCCGCCCCUUUCGCCACAACAGCCUCCCCAAGCGAGGAGGAUUCUGCAGGAGGCUUUGGCUAGACCGGGACCCUAUGCUAUGAUUCCUGGACCACCCAAAGGGUACUGGGUGGAUGGAACUGACCAUGACGAGCAAUGCGAUAUACGGGGAGUGCCCAUCAUUCCCCAUCAGACGUGGAGAGCUAAAAUCGAAACUGACGACACAGCCAAGUGCUACAGGCGAUUUUUCGUCGGAAGGGAACACUCCAACCUGAUCGGUACCGACGAGAAUCUUGGUCCAGUUCUGCUCUCUAUCAAAACUGAGACUAUGGCUCAGCAGGAACACACGAGGGUACUUUUGAGGCUGAGAACGGCUACCAAACACGAAAUUGUUCCUUCUGCUUAUUUGGGGCCGAAUCCCAGUCCUUCGCGGAUGGCUAAACUACUCAACGAAGAAGUAAACGUGGAUAACUUCCAACCAGUAUUACACCCGAAAUCUUCGCAAUUGAUUGCAAACUAUGACGAGCAUGUGCUGGUGACCACAUUCAAGUUCGGAGUGCUUUAUCAACAAUUUGGACAAACUACCGAGGAGGAGAUUUUCUGCAAUAGCGUGACCAGUCCGGCUUUCGACGACUUCUUGAGCUUGCUGGGUCAAAGAAUCCAGCUUAAAGACCAUAAAGGAUACCGCGGUGGAUUAGAUAUCCAGAAUGGGCAUACUGGAGAUACUGCUGUGUAUGAGAUCUUCAAGGAGCGGGAGGUCAUGUUCCAUGUGUCCACCCUGCUACCGUACACUGACAAUGAUCCUCAGCAACUCCAAAGAAAACGACACAUCGGCAACGAUAUCGUCGCCAUAGUCUUUCAAGAGGAAAAUACUCCCUUCUGUCCCGAUAUGAUUGCGUCUCACUUUCUACACGCUUUUAUAGUCGUACAGGUUCUGGAUCCGAAUACUCCAAACACAAGGUACAAAGUAAGUGUGACCGCAAGGGACGACGUACCAUUCUUCGGGCCCACUUUGCCAACACCGGCAAUUUUCAAGCAUGGGCCAGAAUUCAAGGAGUUUCUAUUGACCAAGUUGAUCAAUGCUGAGAAUGCAUGUUACAAAGCGGAAAAGUUCUCCAAACUUGAGCUUCGAACAAGAACGGCUUUACUGCAGUCGCUAAUAGACGAUUUAAAGGAGAAAACUGCAGAUUUUCUGGGCGGUAUUCCAUCGACAGCGCCUGGCACUCCCAAGGGCGAAUCCGGCCCUGGAGCCCGUUUCAUAGACACGGUGAAGAAGGCUUGGAGCGCAGCCAAAGUGAAAACUAGCCAAAGUGAUAAUAAUCUGGGACCCGGAAGCCAUCAUCACCACGAUAAGCUCGGCAAGAAGACCAGCCAGCCUCCGAUAUCAGAAUUAACUCCCUCGAGCGGACGAUCGAUAUCAAAAUCCUCAAUCGUGUCGAACUCAAAGAAAUCAGGCGGAUCAGGCAGCACGGGUAGCGGACGCUCUUCAACAGCUUCUUCACCAGACCUGACCGCACACGCUUCUUCAAAUGCACGACCUGCUCUAAGCGAAGCAAGCGACGACUCAUCAUUGACAUCAGAAGACUUGGAACACUUGGCAGGAGGGUAUGUUGAUAGUGAUACAGGGUUGGAAUCGAUGUCUUCGGCCGAAACGGCAGCAAAAGCUUGCAGCCUGUGCCAAGAUCGUCCUGAUAGUGGCACAUCUGGAGGCCAAGGUGUUUCUCAACAAGACGCCCUCGCCCAAGAAGUCACCAGGCUGAAGUGCGAUAAGCUCGAUUUACUUCGACAGAAUGUGAGUUGUCAACGAGAUAUUAAGAGGUUACGCGAGAAGGAACUAGUCCUACAAGGAGAACUAGCUCAGGCGCAUAAGGAAAUUAUGCGGCUCAGGGAACUGUUGAAGGAUUAGGCUUCUUCAUUGUUGAUUGGUAGUUGUAGGAAAUAAACGCGGGUUCACUAGGGAUAAAAUUGCCCGCUUCAAAACCCGCUGAAGGGCUUUAAAAGUGAAACUGACUGUGGGCAAUCUUGACCCAAGAUUGAGAGUAACCGAUUUCGUUUGAUUUGUGUUUGUGAGUUUAAGGGCUAGAUCGCAAAGAUUUAGCCUUGAUAUUACCUGAUUUCAGUUAUUACAAACUAAGUAAGUUUUGUAUGUUUGUUUAUAAGUUUCGUUUAAUUCGUAGUGAAACCAGACUUUACCGAUUUUCUGUUUGCACAAAACCGUUAUACUUUUGGCGUUAUUUCGUAAAUAUACGAUAAAAAUACUAUAACUUAUAUGAUAUGGUAGACCUACAAAUGACACUACUAAAAAUAUUUCACGUACCUAGUAGGUAAAUGUCUCGCACCGCUAACUUUUUUGAAAAGCUUUAUUACAUCACAAUCCCAGUUCCGUAUUUUGUUUUGUGAUAUUUUUUCCUUAAAGCCUUAGAUUUUCUUUUGCGUAAUUUAGUUUUAGGUAUUUAUUAAUAUUUUUCUGUGUAUCUUGUUGUCUAUUUGCUGUUCGGUGAUUAGAGACAAUCACUACAUUAUUUCGCAUUCAUAGUUUUCAAUGUUCAGACUAGAGCAAACACUUUUAAACAUGUUAUAAAAGUCGGAGACAAGAUACACCAUAAAAUAUUCUGUACAUAAAAACUAUUACCAAUACCUUAUUUAUACCAAAGUAACAUUCCCCAAAAAUGAUUUUUUUUUCAGAAAAAUUUAUAUUAUUUACUAAGUGUACAUAACAACAAAGUAUUUAUUAGUUAAUAAUUAAGUUACUUUCGCUUGUAAGUAAAGUAUUUGUGCAUAUGUUAAGAAGUUUCAUAGUUUUCAUUUUGUUCAUAGACACCUACUUAUCUAUUUAAGUUUUCUUUUUUUGUACAAUUUGCAAUAUGUAUUACUGAUAGGAUUAGAAGCGUUUUACUUUCGCGUAUAGGCUGGUUCAAUAUUUGUUGCAUCGUACAACUGCGAUCGAACCAUCGUUAUAAAAUUAAUCAUUUGUAUAUACCGAUUUAUUUCCUCGAGUUUUCUUAUGCUUUAGUCUAAAGAUACGUUUACUUUUAGGACACAAAUAAUGAACUAACUAAAGGCCUUUCUAUGUGUAAGAAGUAGUGAAAAUUCUAUUCUGUUAAAAUCUCAAAUAUUUAUAGAAAUAAUAUUAUAUGAUCAACGUGUAGAAGUAGUGAACUUCGUAUCAAAAGUGUAUCAACAAUUAUGUUUCCUUCAAAUUUUACUGUUUGAUUGUGUCUGCGCUGCCACCUUCCACCUUGUGAUUAGUUAAUCGGGAUUCUGACUCCAGUUUGCGAGUUAUGUAGCUUCUAAGUUUGUUUUUCAAAAAUAGAAAACGUAUCUAUAACGCAUUAAACUGGUACCUAUCUAUAGCUAAAUCCUACUAUGUAUGGAUUGAAUGCUUGACCUUUUUAUAACUUGUAUUUUUGUCAGACUUUUCACUUUGUUUUGACAAUUUACUACUGCAAAAUCUAAUAAAAUAUCUUAAUGUGAA